AUGGCGACCGACCCGCUCUGGCAGCGCGAUCUCAACUCGGCGUUGCGGCGACGUUCUGCGUAGUGCGCUAGAACAAAGCAGCGGCCCGGAAAUGCGCCACAAAUGGAAACGCAUGUUUCUGGGCCUCAUCUGCGUCAACCUGUUUUCGGUGUUCCUUAUGUGGACGUCGCUACUGGACAGCAAAUGCCCCUGCUCGCACGACGAAUCGAGCGACUCCGCAGCCGCGCCGGCGUCGGCGCCUCCCAAAUCUCGGAUCCGUCAAAUGGGCCGCAUUAAAUCGCCCGACGCGUCGUCCCUCGAAGACGACAUCGCCGGUCGCAACGUGGCCAUCCAGUCGCCGCUCGACAAUAUCUACAACCUGCCCAACACGCUGCUAACUUUGGUCUUGCGGGAGUUCGAACCCUUCGAGCACGACUUGAUCGAGACCGUGCGCUCGUUUCAUACGGUAUUUCCUCGAAUGCCGAUCGUGGUGUUCGCCGACGGCGUACCUUACCCGCCGAUCCGUUUUCCCGCCGACGAGUUCGGGCUCAACGUGAGCGUCGUCUCGCUCGCCAAGGACCCUAGUUUACCGGCGAACGCGACGCGGCUUAGCAGUUACAUCAAGACCGACAUGGUGAUGUUCGCGCCGGACUCGGUACGGAUGACGCAGCCGGCGAUAGUGACUACGAUGGUGAAGCACGUUUAUAAGCACCCCGGCGAUAUGGUGGCGGUGCGGGUUGCCGGCGAAAAGAGGCACUGUCUGCUGCUCGACGUCAAUCUCAAGGAGUGGACGCUGGUGUACAGGAAGGCUGCGAAGAAAGCGGAGUCGAGGUGCGACGCGUUCGCCGAGCGCCACCUGCUCCUGGCCAAGUCCAGCCUGGUGCUCGGACUGAGCGAUCCGAUGCUGAGGCCAUUCCCGCAGGCCUUGCACGUCCAGACGGCGCUGCGGGGCGCUAAGAUCCACAUCAUAGACGACUAUGUGGCCCAGAACGGCCGCACGCUCUUCACAACGAGCCACAACCGCGACAAGCUGCGGGCCGCCACAACGGCGCGGCAGGCUCAGCUCUACGAAGAGUUCGGCAUCAAGAAAGUCCACCUUCCAGGCGGAGAAAUUGAGUGGCACGGCUGCGACCGCUCCACGCCACGUUGCUUCGCCACGGUUGUCGACGAGACGCCGGACUAUCUCUACCGCGGCCGCUGGACGCCGCCGUGUUGUCUCGAGAACCUGCGGCGCACCGCCCGCCACGUCUUCGCCAUCCUCGAGAGGUGUAAGGUCCGCUACUGGCUCGAAGGAGGCAGUCUCCUCGGCGCCGCGCGCAACCAUGACAUCAUUCCGUGGGACUACGACGUUGACGUCGGGGUGUACGCGGAAGACGUGGAGAAGUGCGAGUGGCUGCGGAAUGCGCGGCGCCAAUCCAUCGUGGACGCCGACGGGUUCGUCUGGGAAAAAGCCGUCGAGGGUGACUUUUUCCGCGUCCAGUACAGCCGGUCGAACCGCGUCCACGUCGACAUCUUUCCGUUCCGCGCGAAAGAGGGCGGGAUCAUGACGAAGGACACGUGGUUCCCGACGCACCCGCAGGACUGCGAGUUUCCAGAGAGAUUCCUGAAGCCGCUAACGACGAUCCUGUUCGUAGGCGUGUUCGCGUCGGCGCCCAAUAACGUCACGGAGUUUCUGGAGUUUAAGUUUGGGAAGGGGGUGCUGAAGAAGCCCCAGUAUCCCAAUCCGGCACUGCUGGCGUACCCCAAAACGCGAUGAGUUGCCAUUCUUUUUAAGACGAGUGCAUCUUUUUGUUUAGAAAGGAAAACACUCCCCGUUAGAUGGAAGAUGGCUAAAGUGGCGAAACGGCUAUGUCUUGCCAACCGUUCUGAGGAUGGAAGGCAUCAAGUUGGUCUGGAGGUUACGCACCUUUCCAGCGUUUCUCCCGCGUGAAAGAUGACGUUGAGCUGUGGAUGCAUGUGCGUCGUCUGAUAUUCUGCGGAGCAGAGCCGCUGCGCAAGCUGGGGACAUGUUCCACAGGCCAGUAGACAAUGACGGCAGUGUGUAGAAGACUGGGACGGUGUACACUUGAUUUCCGAAGCUGUGUGCAACACUGCAGGAGGCACGGGUGGGUGUUCAUUGCUGUGGAAAGUGCUUGUCGUCUGUAAGGGCUUGAGUACACAGGGCAAGUUGCAGAGCAGAAUUUUCACACCUGUGCCUUUGACAGUGUGCACACAACUUGCAGUGUGGAGCACAGUCACCAUAAUAUACCCUGGUUCAUA